AUGUCUCCAGGAGGCUGCGCCUCAGACCAGCGAGCUGCUCUCGGGCCUCCUUCCUCAUCGGCAGCUGAGGGGACCAAUGUCGGAUGCCAUGCUGGCCGCAACGGCCAAGCCCCCUCCAUCGCCUCCACCCCUCUCCUCCCCGAGGGCCCCGGGGGCCACCCCCCUUCUCUGGGAGCAGCCUCAGUGAGGAACGGGCUUGCAGAGGCCCCACCUCAGAGCCCCCCACCCUCCCCACUUGGGCCCAGCCUGCUGCUCCACGCUAGGCCGACGGCCACCGUGCUGUCCAGCCCUGGGCACAGUCCGACCAAGGGAAGAAUCUGCUCCUUGCAGGAGCUCAGAAAGUGCUGGAAGGGUAGCCGGGCCUCGGGGUACCCCAGCGCACAGGAAGACAGCACUGCUGCGUGGAAGUGGGCUGUGACCCCCAGUGUGGCCGCCCUGCCCAGCCCCCACCGCAGCCUGCCCCGUAGGUUCCAGCCUGUCCGUUCCUCCCCAGAAGAUGCUGUUAAAAGCCUGUGGGGGGGCCCUGCUCCAGGGCUGCUGGAUCCUCCUGGAUGUCCUGCCGUGACCCUCGUGUCCUGGGUCCAGCCAUCUCGGGCGGAUGAGAGAAGGGGACCCCAGGCCCAGGCCCUGCACGGAGAGGGUGUGGCCCACGAAGGUCCCCCAGCCACCAACCCAGAGAGGGACCCUGAGCCCCAGGGACUGAUGUCGCCCACGAUCAGUCCUUCCCAGGCUGUGCUGCCCCGGCGGCCCCGCGGAGGGUCCCUGCGCCCGGGUGCGCUCGCGCUGGGCCCGCGGGGCCGCGAGAGAGACGCCGAGGUCCCGCCGCAGAGCAGCCGAGGCCGUCGGGGGGCGCAGGGACCGUCCGCGCGGCUGCCCGGGGCCCGGGAGAUCCGCAGCGCCGCCGCCCCGACGCCUCCUCGACGAGAGCGCGACUUGCGCGGGGCCGAACCGCCACCCGCUGGCUCCAGCGCCGGCCCCGCGCCCCGCACCCGCCCUCCACUUCGGGGACCCUCCUGGCUGCAGGCACCGGUCGUCCCCGGCGGGAACCCCGCUGUGCCCCAGGGACCCCCACCCCCGGGCCUGACACCCCCGGGGCUCGAGGUGCGGGUCCUUUCCGUCCCGGCGUCCCCGCCCCUAGGCAGAUGCGGGGGGGAAGGGGAGCGGGGAGCGGGGUCUCGGCUCGUGCGCCAAAAGACCCGGGAGGGGAAAGGGCUCCGGGGGGCGUCCUGGGCUCCGCCUUGA